AUGGCAACCACGGCAGCAGCUGCUCGCAAUACCCCCCAGGCCUCCUUGAGCCGAGACAACUUGACUGUUGUAGCGGCUCGGAGUGUCCCGACUGUGACACGAUCUCACACCCUCCCGACUCCUCCCAACUCCAUCUCCCCGGCGCUGCCGCCUCACGGUCUCAAGGCCCAGCUGCAGAAGGCUAAGCUCGAGCCCAUCGACUCGGACUUGGACCUGCACGAUGCCCACGACGCCCGUCCUCGUGGUCGCAACGCCUCGCGCUCACCUCCCUACGAUGCCACUGGCGCUAUUAGCGCCCAGCUGCUGGCUAAGCACCACCUGCCCGAGAUUCUGCUCAACCAUGGUCCCCUGGCCAUCCGCCACAUCAUGGGCUACCUGACCACCUCAGUCCCAGGCUUCGCAGGCGUUCCUCCGACCAAGGCGCGCAGGCUUGUUGUCGGUGCGCUCGAGGGACGAGGCGGUGAGGGCGGUGGUCCUGAUGGCGACGUCGAGUUCGAGAAGGUUGGCUGGGGGACGCUGGGACGCCCGUCGUCGCGGUCAUCCCUUCGCGCAAACGUCGCCACCGCAGACAACGAAUACGUCUCGGGCAUUCCCAUCAACAAGAGCAGUGCUGGUGCUAGGGGAGUCGAUCGCUCGCGCCUCCACGCCGCGUCUUCCGAGACUGCCGGCUCCAUGGUUUUCUCCCACGAUGACCACGACCCGAUGAUGAUGGAGGACGAAGCCGACAAAAUGUCGCUCGACGGCUCGGCUUCAGCCUCGUGCUCUGAGGCUCCUGACGACGACAUGAUCAUGAACGAUGACCCCGAAGACGUGACCGACGACGAAGACUGGGCAGCGGUUGGUGCCGCCGCCCUACGCGCUGACUCAUAUGCCACUCCGGCAGGUCGCAGUUUUCUGAAUUCGGUCCACGCCUCAGGAGGCCUACGGUCCGUCUCAAACGGCAUGGCGCGGUCGCCCCAGCCGCUCAACCUUGACUUUUCGGCGCUAGGAGCCACGUCGGACGCACAGGAGCGUGACGCCGUGGAGGCUCUUCUUCGCCUGGGUUCUCUGUAA